AUGGAUAAUCAUAUUACAGUCAGUUUAGAUCAAGUUGAAGAUCUAUAUUCAACCUAUAGAUCUCAUUAUCCUUUGAAAAAGUCAUUACCACGUGAAUUAUUUAAAUUUAACAAAAAUUCAACAAUUGAUGAAAAUAUUAAUCAAUUGGCAUUGAAAGCUAUAGAUCAUACCUUACCUAUAUAUUAUUGUUAUAAACCUAUAUUUUUAGAAAUAUUAGCACGUUGGAUUACUCAUACAGAUGAAUUUGAACAAGAAUAUAAGAAAUCACAUCCUAAAAUGGGCAACAACAUUCCCGGAUCAAUUAUUUUACUUGCAUUGUCUAAAUUAUUACAGAUUUCUCAUGAAUAUUUAAACUUAUUUGAGCUAUUCUUAUCCAAAUAUGAGUUUUGGUCUAAAAUUGAUACUGCCUGUACCUCAGAAUUAGAGACUAUCUUACUUGCAUUUUACAGAUUAUUAAAAUUUGAUACCCAUAGAUUUAAACCAUUUGUUCAGCCAAAGAAUUUAUAUCAAAUAAUCAAGAAGGUUGAAAGUAAAUUCGGUGUUAGCAAGUUUUUAUCCAUUCAAGUCAUUUCUUUAUAUUUACAGUCUUCAGAAAUAUCCAAAAAUAAAAUGAUUAAAGCACAUCUCAAUGACACCACAUUAUUGGCCAAAUUUGAAGAUGAUGAGAUUGACUACUCGUUUAUUACUUUGAUUGAGGCUAAGAGGAUUUCUAAUUUCUUGAGUUUACCAAAAAAUGAGUUCUCUUUGGACGUAUCAAAGAACUGUAUUACAAUUACCCCUGAGAUGUUAUCUCCAAUUGUGACUUCAGUUUGUGGUAUUUUAGUUCCUCAUUUAUUGAUAUCAUCCUCCUCAUCAAAUUCCAGUGGUGAGCAACAGUUGGAAGAAACUAAAUUUGUUCCAACAAAUAGUGCAGUCGAAGUUUUGAGAAAAUUGGCAUCUAAUAUUCAGUUCAAUAAACCGGUCAUGCUAUAUGGGAAAGCAGGUGCUGGUAAAACAUUCUUAAUUAACCAAUUAGCCAAUUACAUGUCAUAUACGGAUUCUAUUGUUAAAAUUCAUCUUGGAGAACAAACAGAUGCUAAACUUUUACUAGGCACCUAUGCGUCUGGUGAAAAGCCCGGUACAUUUGAAUGGAGAACCGGUGUAUUGACUUCAGCUGUCCAAGAAGGUAAGUGGGUAUUGAUUGAAGAUAUUGAUAAAGCUCCAACUGAAGUUUUAUCGGUAUUGUUAACUUUAUUGGAGAAAAGAGAAUUAAGUAUACCAUCUAGAGGGGAAGUCAUCAAGGCCAAGAAUGGUUUUCAAUUGUUUUCCACGAUCAGAACUUCAAACGAUUCCAAGAAGGAUGCAAUUCCAGAUUUGAUUGGUAUAAGAUUAUGGGAAUUAAUCAAAGUCGAAGUUCCAAAUGAACUUGACUUGAAAAAUAUUCUUGUAACUAAGUUUCCUUUGCUAGUCAACUUAAUUGGUUCAUUUAUAAAAUGUUACAAUGAAAUCCUCAGAAUAUACUCCCUUUCCUCGUUUGUUUCAUUGAAUAAAGGAUCGCAUCCCAGGGUUAUUUCAUUUAGGGACUUGAUGAAAUUUUGUGGAAGAUGUAAUAACAUGCUUUCUUUGGAAGGUAUAUCAGAACCAGAUCAACUUGUAGAAUCAAGUGUCUUUGAUAAUAUUUUUGCAGAAGCAGUGGAUUGUUUUGGUAGUGCCAUCACCGAACCACAAGCAUUAACUCCAUUAAUAAAUGCGAUUGGUGAAGCUUUAGAGAUUCCGACAUCUCGGAUCAAUUUAUUCUUGUCAAAACAUGUACCAUUGUUUAUCAAUGAUGAAGAGAAAUUGAAAAUUGGAAGAGCCACACUUAAAAAGAGCAAUACAGAUAAAACAUUAUACAACAAGCGUCAAGGAAGUAACAAUUCCUCUUUUGCCAGAACCAAUCAUUCCCUCCGUUUAAUGGAACAAAUUGGUGUUGCUAUUGAGAUGGUGGAGCCUGUGUUAUUAGUUGGUGAAACUGGUACUGGUAAAACUACAGUCGUUCAACAAGUUGCCAAAUUGAUGAACAAAAAGUUGACAGUUAUUAAUGUGUCACAACAAACUGAAACUGGUGAUUUAUUGGGUGGUUAUAAACCUGUAAACACAAAAACAGUAGCUGUUCCAAUUCAAGAAAUGUUUGAAAACUUGUUCAUUGGUACCUUCUCAGAAAAGAAGAACGCUAAAUUCUCAAAAAUAUUAACCAAGUGUUUUAACAAGAACCAAUGGAAGAACGUUAUUAAGCUUUGGUCCGAAGCAUUGAAAAUGGCCAAAGACUUGUUGUCUGAACCAGAAUCUGAAGGUGAAGAUGGCGGUGCUCCAAGGAAAAAGAGAAAGUUAAAGUCAUUUGAGAAAUCAGUUUUGUUAGAAAAAUGGAUCGAAUUUGAAAACAAGGUGAAAGAUUUUGAAAUUCAAGCAACCACUUUGGAUAAUUCAUUUGUGUUUAACUUUGUUGAAGGUUCCUUGGUUAAAGCUGUUAGAAAUGGGGAAUGGUUAUUGUUGGAUGAAUUGAAUUUGGCAACAUCAGAUACUUUGGAAAGUAUUGCUGAUUUACUUGCAGACACAGUCAAUCAAAGAUCUAUAUUGUUGUCUGAAAGAGGUGAUGUUGAAUCUAUUAAAGCCCAUCCUGAAUUCAGAAUUUUUGGUUGUAUGAACCCUUCAACCGAUGUUGGUAAACGAGACUUGCCAUUGAGUAUUCGUUCAAGAUUCACUGAAAUUUACGUUCAUUCACCAGAUAGAGAUAUUCAAGAUUUAUUGGCCAUUAUCGACAAAUAUAUCGGAAGAUUUGCUGUUGGUGAUGAAUGGGUAGGAAAUGACAUUGCUGAAUUGUAUUUAAAAGCCAAAGAAUUAUCCGAGACAAACAAGAUUGUUGAUGGUGCCAAUCAGAAACCUCACUUUAGUAUUCGUACUUUGACAAGAACGUUGAUUUAUGUUUGUGAUAUUGUUUCAAUCUAUGGUUUGAGAAGAUCCUUAUUCGAAGGAUUUUCCAUGGCUUUCUUAACGUUAUUGGAUGCUAAAUCAGAAGAAGUUUUGAAACCAGAAAUCGUAAAGUACACCAUUGGUCGUCUUAAGAAUUCAAAAUCUGUUAUGAGCCAAAUUCCGCCAGCUCCAACUUCCAAUUCAGAUGAUUAUGUUCAAUUUAAACAUUAUUGGAUGAAGCAUGGUCCUCAUGAAAUUGUUCCUCAACCUCAUUAUAUCAUUACUCCAUUUGUUGAAAAGAAUAUGCUUAAUUUAGUAAGAGCAACUGCUGGUAGAAGAUUUCCUGUUUUAAUUCAAGGUCCAACUUCAGCAGGUAAAACUUCUAUGAUUAACUAUUUGGCAAACAUCACUGGUCAUAAGUUUGUUCGUAUUAACAAUCAUGAACAUACUGAUUUACAAGAAUACUUGGGUACUUAUGUUUCUGACUCUACUGGUAAAUUAGUAUUCAAGGAAGGUGUUUUAGUUGAAGCUUUAAGAAAAGGGCACUGGAUUGUUUUGGAUGAAUUGAAUCUUGCACCAACUGAUGUCUUGGAAGCUUUGAAUCGUUUGUUAGAUGAUAACAGAGAAUUGUUUAUCCCUGAAACUCAAGAAGUCGUACAUCCUCAUCCUGAUUUCAUGUUAUUUGCAACCCAGAAUCCUCCUGGAUUGUAUGGUGGUAGAAAAGUUUUAUCAAGAGCAUUCAGAAACAGAUUUUUGGAAUUGCAUUUUGAUGACAUUCCUCAAGAUGAAUUGGAAAUUAUUUUGAAAGAAAGAUGUCAAAUUGCUCCUUCUUAUGGUAAGAAGAUUGUUGAAGUGUAUCGUCAAUUAUCCAUUCAACGUCAAUCGACCAGAUUAUUUGAAGAAAAGAACUCCUUUGCCACAUUGAGAGACUUGUUCAGAUGGGCUAUGAGAGAUGCCGUAGGUUAUGAAGAAUUGGCAGCCAAUGGUUACAUGCUUCUUGCAGAAAGAGUUAGAAAGGAGGAUGAAAAAGAAGUCGUCAAAAAAACCAUUGAGAAAGUCAUGAAAGUCAAAUUAGAUAUGGAUGCAUAUUACAGAAGCUUGGAAAUUGAGGGAAUUUUCAAUAGUGAUUCCACGAUUGUCUGGACCAAAGCCAUGCGUAGAUUGGCUGUUUUGGUCUUUACUUCCAUUAAAUAUAAAGAGCCUCUCUUAUUGGUUGGUGAAACAGGUUGUGGUAAAACUACCGUAUGUCAAAUUAUUGCAAAAUUCUUAGGCAAAGAACUAGUUACCGUUAAUGCUCACCAAAAUACCGAAACUGGUGAUUUAUUAGGUGCUCAAAGACCAGUGCGUAAUAAGUUUGAAACGCAAAGCAGGUUGUUCAAUCAUUUGAUUGAAAUUUUUACUGCAUUGGAAAUUAAAGUUGGGGAUGAUCUUACUUUGGAACAUUUGUUGACUAAUUACAAAGCUUUGACCAUUCCAGAUGAGUUGAAAGAUCUUGCCAAUAAAAUUGAAGAAGAAAAGAAAAAUUUGACUUUACUUUUUGAAUGGAGUGAUGGUCCUUUGGUCAGAGCUAUGAAACUGGGUGAUUUCUUCUUGUUGGAUGAAAUUUCUUUAGCUGAUGACUCGGUCUUGGAAAGAUUGAACUCCGUUUUAGAACCAGAACGAAGUUUAUUAUUGGCAGAAAAGGGUACUGAGGACGCAUUCAUUACCGCUGAAGAAACUUUUGAAUUUUUGGCAACUAUGAAUCCUGGUGGUGAUUAUGGUAAAAAGGAACUUUCUCCAGCAUUGAGAAAUAGAUUUACUGAAAUCUGGGUUCCUUCAAUGGAAGAUUUCAAUGAUGUUCAUCAAAUUGUUGAAUCGAGAAUUACUCACAAAGAAUUGACUUCAUCUAUUGUCAAAUUCUCUGAAUGGUAUGCCAAACAAUUUGGUGGUGGUCAUACUAACAAUGGUGUUAUAUCUUUGCGUGAUAUUCUUGCAUGGGUUGAAUUUAUUAAUUCUUGUGACAAGACUGUAACUAGUCCUUUGGCUGCUUUGUAUCAUGGUGCUUCUAUGGUUUUCAUUGAUGCUUUAGGUACUAAUAACACCGCAUACUUGGCCGAGAAUGAGUCCAGAUUACAGACCAUUAAAAAAGAAUGUGUGAAUAAGCUUUCGUCUUUUGUUGACCAUGAUUUGUUAGAAUUCUCAAACAGCAAAUUCCAAGUCACUGUUAAUUCGAGUAAACUCACCGCUGGAUUGUUUUCAAUUCCGGUUAUUGAAGGAUCUGAACACAACAAGUCCUUUAAUUUAGAUGCUCCAACUACAGCUGCUAAUGCAAUGAGAGUUAUCAGGGCUAUGCAAGUCAAGAAGCCAAUUCUUUUGGAAGGUAGUCCUGGUGUUGGUAAAACAAGUUUGAUUACCGCAUUGGCAAGUGCUACUGGUAAUCCAUUAGUCCGUAUCAAUUUAUCUGAACAAACUGAUUUAGUUGAUCUUUUUGGUUCUGAUGCACCGGCUGAAGGAGGGAAAGCUGGAGAGUUUGUUUGGAGAGAUGCUCCGUUUUUGAGGGCCAUGCAAAGAGGAGAAUGGGUUUUGUUGGAUGAAAUGAAUUUAGCAUCUCAAUCAGUAUUAGAAGGUUUGAAUGCAUGUUUAGAUCAUCGUGGAGAAGCAUACAUUCCAGAAUUGGACAAAUCAUUUAAACGUCAUCCUAAAUUCACUGUGUUUGCUGCUCAGAAUCCUCAAUAUCAAGGUGGUGGUAGAAAAGGUUUACCUAAAUCAUUUGUCAAUCGUUUCACUGUUGUCUAUGUUGAUACUUUGAAAUCUGAUGAUUUGAACAUGAUUUCCCAACAUCUCUUCCCAACUGUUGAUCCAGAAAAGUGUUCUAAGCUUAUUCAAUUUAUGUCCAAAUUGGAAGAAGAAGUUGUCACCAAGAAACUCUGGGGGUCACAGGGAAGUCCAUGGGAAUUCAACUUGCGUGAUUCGUUGAGAUGGUUAAGCCUUUACACAUCGGGAAAUAUUUCACAAGAUAUUCAACUUUCUGAUUUUAUCCAAAUGAUUGUCUGUCAAAGAUUUAGAAAUCCUGAAGAUCGUGCCAAAGCUAAAGAUUUGUUUGAGUCAAUAUUUGGUCCUUGUGAUGCACGUGACAAUUAUUUCAACAUUUCUGAAUCUUUUGUGCAAGCUGGUGGCUCAUUGGUAGCAAGAAAUGAAUUGAUACUGUAUGUUAAUGGAAAUAGCAACUUGUUGUCAUUACAAUGUAAUUAUGAAUUUAUGGAAACUGCUUUUAGAUGUGUUUCUCAUAAUAUUCCAUUGAUUCUUACUGGUCCAACUAAUUCUGGUAAGACAGAUUUGAUUAGAUACUUGGCCACUUCCUUAGGGGCAAAGCUUGAUGAAUUUUCAAUGAAUAGCGAUGUUGAUUCCAUGGAUAUUUUGGGUGGUUAUGAACAGGUUGAUCUUUCCAGAGAAACCAAUGCUUUGUUAGAUGACACUUUCAAACUUAUCAAUAGACUUGUUGUUACAAAUCUCAGAUAUAAAGAAAGUGAUCCUGAAAUUCUUUCAAAGGCUUUAGAUUUACUUGCAUUAAUUGAAAAUGGUAAUCACAAGCAAGAAUCUUUCGAAGGUUUCCGCAAUGCUCUUGUUGAAUUUUCCGCUUACCAUUCCAUUCCAGAAAUUAAGGAACUUGUUGAUUCUUCAAAUAGAUUACUCAAAAAGAUUAAUGAAGAAAAGAGUGUUAAAUUUGAAUGGUUUGAUGGGUUACUUGUUCAAGCUGUUGAAAAGGGAAAUUGGUUGGUACUCGAUAAUGCCAACUUGUGUAGUCCUUCGGUUUUGGACAGAUUGAAUUCAUUAUUGGAAACCAAUGGAAGCUUGAUUAUCAAUGAAUGUAGUUUAGAAGAUGGUCAACCUAGAAUUCUUAAACCACAUCCAAAUUUCAGAUUAUUCUUGACUAUGGAUCCAAAAUAUGGUGAGUUAUCAAGAGCUAUGAGAAACAGAGGAAUUGAACUUUUCAUGAAUUCUUUAGAUAAAAGAAUAACUUCCUUUGAUUCUGAUAUUCUUGGAAUCAAGAAGAUAGACACUUCAUUGGAUUUGGCUGACAAAGUUGAAGAAUCCUUGACCAUUGAAGAUCAGAGACCUGUUCCAACUUUUACUUUCAAUUUUGAUAAAGAUACUUUGCUCAGAUCAUUUAGUUUGAUUGAAGAUGCAUUUACCUCCGGGGAAUUGUCUUUGAGUGCAUUAUGGAGUCUUAUUCCAUUAGCUAAUUUUGAAAAUCUUAUAAAAUGGAAAGAAUUUGUCUAUUCAAGUUCAGAAUUUGGAGUUGUUAGCAAAGAAUUUUCUAGUGAAAUAUGUUCAACUUUUGGUUCCGUAAAGGAAAUUUCUUUGCCAUCAUGGUUAGAUAAGAUGUACUCAGAAUCUAGCACCUUAGCCAAUGAGAUUACUGGUAAGAGAAUUCAUUAUGAUCAGUAUCAAAGCUUCCAUCCAUUGGCCAACAUCUAUAUUGUGGUAUCCUUUUUGGAGAAACAUCCAGAAAUUAAGACAUCAGAAUCAACCAUGCUUUUUGAAACCUUGGGAAGUAUAAUCAAGUUGAAUAAUACUGUGGCAAAAAUUGAACAGAUGGCUAUGGAUAAGAAAGUACACGAUUUGUCGUUUAUUGAAAAAUCGGCUGCAUCACAAUUAGGUAGAGAUAUUAAAUCACGUCCAAGAUUGGAGAUUUAUUCUUUUGUCAAGCUGUUGGUAACAUUUAUUAAUAACUUGUUUUUCAACAGCACAAAAACUUCUUUGUUAUCUGAAGUAGUUUACAAGCCGUUGCACGAAUUGUGUUUACUUGUCGCGGGUACCAUCGAAACUGCUGAAGGAAAGAAUGAGUCCAAAUUGAGGGUGUACCAAGAGCUCAUUACAAAAUGGUCAGAAAAAUACUUGGUGUCAAACCAAGAGUUGUUGAAACAAUUUGAUGCUGCUACAUCUACUUUUUACCAGCAAUUUGAGUUAACCAGUGGUUUUGCUAUGAAUGAGAUUUGGGAAUCCUGUAGAGGUCAAUAUCCUCAAUCCUUUGAAUCGUGGGAAAUUUUGCAACGUUUGUUUAAUUUGAUUGAAGGGUUCGAUAAAUUAUCUAAAGUUCAAUUCCCUGAAUCUGCUGAGGUUGUAUCAAAUUUUGGAAUUCUCAUUGGUGAGUUGUACAAAUCCAUCAUUCUGGGAGACUAUGACAGAAAUGAAAUGCAAUCGAUAUUUGCAAAACUUGAACAAGGAAUAUCUGAUUUAUCUACUGCUUCUGAAUCAUUCAACACUGCAAGGGUCAACAUGUUUAUUGAAGACUUUACAAACAUUGCCAAUUUUGUUGAAUUGUCAGGAAGAAACAAAGAAGAUUUGAUAAAGUUGUACAAUUUUUCCGAAAGAUCGAUGAUGUCGUUAAUCAAGGAAACAUCUUUCAAACCGUAUCCUGGAAUAUUCGAUAGUUUAUGGGUUGACAAUAAACCUAGAGUUGCACCAUUGUUCACCAGUCAAUUGACGACCUCCAUCUUGAACAAAACUUUGGGCUUCAACAACACUUCAGGUAAAUUAUUGGACCAAGCUAAUUUUGAUUUGAAAUUAGUUUCCAAAUCGAUUGUCAAACAUUCUUCUGAUAUUUUGAAGGAUCAAAAGAAAGUCUUUGCCGAAUUGUUAACCUCUUGGUUGCUGAUAAUUUUAGAAACAAUAGGUCUUGACGGAGCCAAUGAACCAGGUUCCAUUCUAUUUGAGGUUACCAUGAAAUUUGGACCUGAAAGUCCUUUGAUGACUGUUUUUGCUGAAUAUUUGGUUCCUGCUUUAACCAUUGCGAAAGGAUCUUCGGAUCUCAAAUCAUUAGGAAGAGCCUGGGUUUUGUUUUCUUGUGGAUUGAUUCAAUUAUAUGUUCCAAGCUCGCCAUACGAUCCAGCUAUCAAAGAGUAUGUGCUCUAUAAAGUUUUUGAAGACCAACAAAAAUUUGCCAGUGAUCUUAUUUCUAGUUGGAAGGCAUCCAGAAGAGUUCAUAAUGGUGAUACAGAAAUUUUCUUGGAGUCCACAUUAACGGAUUUGGUUCAGUUAGAAGCUCCAAGUAAUCCAAAGGUAUACCGUGACGGUAAAUCCAUUGAUGGUUUAUUUGAAGAAUGGAAUUCUAUUAUGGAAUCAAAUAUUGCUACAGAACCUAUUGAGAAACUAUUGACUUCUGCAUUGUCAUUGUCAGAAAUGAGUGAAAACCAAAUUCAUAUGUUCCAAAAUAACACAUCUCAGUUUAUAAUGAGAUUGGAUAAGAAUUAUAUGUUGUAUUCUGAUUUGAAUGAUAUCUUGCGUGGUUAUAUUUAUGGUUUAAAAUUGGGUUUUGAGAUAAUAACCCUUGACUCGAAACAAGGUAAAUUUUAUUAUCCCGAAGAUUGGUCACUUGAUGUCAGCAACUUUUCCAGCUUAAGUUCUAUUGAAAAAACUUUCCCAUAUGCUAAGGAAUUUAGUAAAUCUGUUAAAAUUGAUAGUCCUGUUUCUGAAUUUAUUAUGACUUACUUUAUGAGACUUGGAUUUUCCCAUAGAUCAGAAACUACCAAAGCAAAUGAAAUUUUAAUGCAGGCACUCCAACAAUUGUAUUAUAGAUGGUCACUCCGUCGUAUUAAGGAAGAAAAAGAAAAUAUUCAGCUGGGAAGUUUGUACAAAUACAGCGAUCCAGAUGAAGAUAUUGAAGGUGAUUUCAAAAAAUUGUUCCCUGAUUUUGAAGAAGUUUUGGAUGUUGAUACCACCGGUUCAAAGAAAAAUAACCAAAGUUUUGAAUCCAUUUAUGAGUCUAUUGCAAUUGCUUAUAUUAAAGAAUAUUUAUUUGGUGAAAAGGAUAGUUUAACUGAUCUUGCUCAUGAAGGUAGUGAAUUGGUUUCUCAAUUGGGAAAAUACAGUGAUCAAUUACAAAAAUCAACCAAUAAUGCAUCAAGUUUAACUACUUUGGUUAAUGAAUUGGCUUCCACUCAUACUAAGUUUAACCAAUCAACUUCAGAAUUCAAUUUCUAUCAAGAUGCAAAUCCAUCGGAAGUCAAACGGGCUGUAUCCAUUAUGACUGUUGUGUACAACUUGUCCAAGAAGUUGUUAGACCAGUGGCCAGAACAUGCAACAUUGAAGAAUAUUGUAUUUGCAUCUAAUGAGUUCCUUUCUUAUCCAAUUGGAUUGCCUUUGGGAAGAUAUUUGCAGAAAUUAGAACAGAUAUAUACAUUCAUUGCUGAAUGGCAAAAGUAUGCUUCUAGCCAAGUCUCAUUGAAAGAUCAAUUUGAUAUAUUGACUAACUUGAUAAAUUCUUGGAGAAAGUUAGAAUUGUCUACUUGGAAGUCGUUAUUGAAAUUUGAAGAAUUGUCAAUGAAAAGAAUAUGG